AUGGACUUUCGCUGCGUCUCUACGGCGCUCGAUUUCCAAGUCGAGUGCUCGACAGGCUCCAUCGCGAUCGGGUUUCUCGAUCGCGUUUUGCUUUUGAUUGCGGUGAUCGUCGCCUGCAACUGCGUCUGCUACGGUCUUGUGCGAGCCUUGUGGCCUGUCUCGGCUUCCCUACGCCGCAGUCAGUCGCUCCUGCUCACGGCGGGCGCCAAGUACCUCUUCACGCACGACGGGUGGCUGCUUGGCGAUGUCUACUACAUGGAUCGCGCGUCGGCGCUGCUGAGCGGUCUCCUGACGGUCUCGGUGCGCGGCUCUCUCGUGCUCUUUGACGUCAAGACGUGGCGAAUGCAGCCAGUGUACUCGAAGAAGCCGACCACAGAUGACGUCCUUCCUCCUCGGUUUGAGACCGCGGUACCGCUUCCCGACACGCCGAUUGCUCACUUUGUAUGAUGAGCACGACCGUACAACGUCAUUAGUACGAUCGUUGAUAGCGGUCCUGUCCGUGUCCACACCUAGAGACCAGUUGAAAUCCCCCAAAUCUGAACAAACAGUCAAACUCUA